GCUAGGGUUUUAUUUUAUCAUUUUCUAAUUGAGUCGCCGUCCCUUAUUUCCUCUUGUUUUUUUUUUUUUCUCUGUUAUAUUUGUUUCUUCCUCUUACUGCUGUUCUUUUCCCAAAGCUGUUCUCUUCGUCUUCUCCAUAUAGACACAAGGCGUAUCCACUUUUCAGUUGAAGGAUCCGGGAAGGAUCCCAUACCCGCACCCGUGUCUUGUAGUAUCGUACGACACGGGUACCUCUUAAAAAACGAAGAGUCCGAGCAACAUAUAGGAAACUGCAUUUUUCCAUUCCUUUCUGCAGUAAUCCAAGCAUGAAGUUUCGAAAUUACGUGCCUCAAGAUAAGGAGCUUCAGGAGGGUAAGCUUGCUCCAGCAGUGCUACCGAAGUUUGAAGAUCCUGUUGCCGCAGCACCUCCACCAUCAGAGAAGAAAGAGGAUCCAUUUCUCAACAUUGCCCCAAAAAAACCAAACUGGGAUCUGCGGAGGGAUGUGCAGAAGAAGCUUGAUAAACUUGAAAGGCGCACACAAAAAGCAAUUUACAAACUUAUGGAGGAGCAAGAAAGAGAGAAGCAGCUUGAUGAAGACGAAGGAACGGUCAUGGAGGAUUAAUGGUGGAAUUUAUCUCAUCCAGGAUAUAAGAAAAUCUUUUUUAUUCACCAAUCAAGGAUAGAUGUUCCCUUUGUCCAGCCAAAUUUUAUAGCUUAGUGAGAGAACUAAUUGGCUUUGUCAGCACUGGAAUUAUAUGUUAAAUAGGCUUACUAAUGUCUUCCAUUCUAAUUUCUUUGUGCAAUGUGCAAUACACAUUCCAAAGUUGUAAGUUAAAUAGGCUAAACUAAAACGGGUCUCUGCCACUUGAUGUAUGUAAAAUUUCAUAUAGAACUUGAUGUUACAUUGAGAUGUUAUUCGCAUUUUGAAGUUGAAAAGAAAUUUUGAAGCUUCCCUGGA